UUUUUUUUUUUAAUUCUUUAAUUAUUUUUUCUUUCUUUUUAUUAUUCAUUCUUCUUUUCUCUUUUUAUUCAUUCUUUCUCUCUUUUUUAUUUUAAUAUAAAAAUAGUGACUAGAAACUAUGCCAGUUAAUGAUGCAAAAUACAUUAAAGAAGUUUGGGCAGAAAAUUUAGAAGAGGAAAUGGCCUAUCUACGUGAUUUAGUUGAAGAUUACCCAUAUUUAGCUAUGGAUACUGAAUUUCCUGGUGUAGUAGCAAGACCUAUUGGCAGUUUCAAGACAUCUACGGAUUAUCAUUAUCAAACAUUAAGAUGUAAUGUGGACAUGUUAAAGAUUAUUCAGUUGGGUGUUACGUUUGCAGAUCAACAUGGUAAUCUACCUACAAACAUUUGUACAUGGCAGUUUAAUUUUAAAUUUAGUCUAGCAGAUGAUAUGUAUGCACAAGAUUCAAUUGAAUUAUUAACAAAGUCAGGAAUUGAUUUCAAAAAACAUGAAGAAUAUGGAAUAGAUGUAGAACAUUUUGGAGAAUUAUUAAUUAGUUCAGGCUUUGUUUUACUAGAUGAUGUGAAAUGGAUAUCUUUUCAUAGUGGAUAUGAUUUUGGAUAUUUAUUAAAAGUACUUACAUGUUCAGUUAUGCCUGCUGAUGAAACAGAAUUUUUUGAAUUACUUCGAACCUAUUUUCCAUGUAUAUAUGAUAUUAAAUAUUUAAUGAAAAGUUGUAAAAAUUUAAAAGGUGGUUUACAAGAUAUUGCAGAUGAUUUACAGGUGGCAAGAAUUGGACCUCAACAUCAAGCAGGUAGUGAUAGCUUAUUAACUUGUACUACAUUUUUUAAAAUGAGACAAAUGUUCUUUGAAGAUAAAAUUGAUGAUCAGAAAUACCUGUAAGGCUUUGUAAAGAAAAGAAAAGAAAAGAGAUAGAUUUAUUCACUCCUAUUUAUUUAUUUAGUGGAUAUUUGUAUGGUUUAAAAUGUAGUCCAAAUACCACAAACAUACAGGCACUUACACAAGCAACGAAUAACUUGACACUAUCGAUAUCCGAUGAAACACAUAAUAAUAAUAAUGCUAUUAAAUUAAAUGGAAAAUAAUAAAAUAAUAAUAAUAAUAAUAAUACUACUACAAUGCUAUAUUAAUAGAAUUAC